AUGGAGGUUGUUUGGUGUGUGGGCCUCUUGAGGGGCGUUCUCCGGAGGGCCGCUGGUGCAGGCCGCAGUGACAGGGCUGCUCGCCCCUGCGCACCCCUCUUCCCCGGUGCAGUGUCUGCUGGUGCCCUCUGUCCACGUCCUGCAAGCCCAACAUGGCGCAGGACCCCGCGGAUGGCCACCUGUGUGGAGGCGCUGCGCUGCGAGGGCGAGACUGACAAACACUGGCGCCACCACCGGGAGUUUUUGCUCCGCAACGCCGGGGACCUGGUCCCCAAGGGUGGCGCUGCCUCAGCUAACAUGGACGAAGCUGCAGACGCCGAGAGCGGAACCCGCAAUCGGCAGCUGCAGCAGCUCAUCGCCUUUUCCAUGGCCUGGGCAAACCACUUCUUCCUUGGGUGCCGGUACCCUCAAAAAAUUAUGGAUAAAAUUCUUAGUAUGGCUGAAGGCAUCAAAGUGACAGAUGUUCCAAUCCAUACAGCAAGAGACGAACUGGUUGCCAAGAAGGGGUAG